AUGAGUGAACCAGCUGUUCCACUAGAUAGCAAAGGAAAACAGCUCGCCCUCAACGGAAAAACAAACAGCUCGCCCUCAACGGAAAAACAAACAGCUCGCCCUCAACGGAAAAACAAACAGCUCGCCCUCAACGGAAAAACAAACAGCUCGCCCUCAACGGAAAAACAAACAGCUCGCCCUCAACGGAAAAACAAACAGCUCGCCCUCAACGGAAAAACAAACAGCUCGCCCUCAACGGCAAAACAAACAGCUCGCCCUCAACGGCAAAACAAACAGCUCGCCCUCAACGGCAAAACAAACAGCUCGCCCUCAACGGCAAAACAAACAGCUCGCCCUCAACGGCAAAACAAACAGCUCGCCCUCAACGGCAAAACAAACAGCUCGCCCUCAACGGCAAAACAAACAGCUCGCCCUCAACGGCAAAACAAACAGCUCGCCCUCAACGGCAAAACAAACAGCUCGCCCUCAACGGCAAAACAAACAGCUCGCCCUCAACGGCAAAACAAACAGCUCGCCCUCAACGGCAAAACAAACAGCUCGCCCUCAACGGCAAAACAAACAGCUCGCCCUCAACGGCAAAACAAACAGCUCGCCCUCAACGGCAAAACAAACAGCUCGCCCUCAACGGCAAAACAAACAGCUCGCCCUCAACGGCAAAACAAACAGCUCGCCCUCAACGGCAAAACAAACAGCUCGCCCUCAACGGCAAAACAAACAGCUCGCCCUCAACGGCAAAACAAACAGCUCGCCCUCAACGGCAAAACAAACAGCUCGCCCUCAACGGCAAAACAAACAGCUCGCCCUCAACGGCAAAACAAACAGCUCGCCCUCAACGGCAAAACAAACAGCUCGCCCUCAACGGCAAAACAAACAGCUCGCCCUCAACGGCAAAACAAACAGCUCGCCCUCAACGGCAAAACAAACAGCUCGCCCUCAACGGCAAAACAAACAGCUCGCCCUCAACGGCAAAACAAACAGCUCGCCCUCAACGGCAAAACAAACAGCUCGCCCUCAACGGCAAAACAAACAGCUCGCCCUCAACGGCAAAACAAACAGCUCGCCCUCAACGGCAAAACAAACAGCUCGCCCUCAACGGCAAAACAAACAGCUCGCCCUCAACGGAAAAACAAACAGCUCGCCCUCAACGGCAAAACAAACAGCUCGCCCUCAACGGCAAAACAAACAGCUCGCCCUCAACGGCAAAACAAACAGCUCGCCCUCAACGGCAAAACAAACAGCUCGCCCUCAACGGCAAAACAAACAGCUCGCCCUCAACGGCAAAACAAACAGCUCGCCCUCAACGGCAAAACAAACAGCUCGCCCUCAACGGCAAAACAAACAGCUCGCCCUCAACGGCAAAACAAACAACUCGCCCUCAACGGCAAAACAAACAACUCAUCCUCAACGGCAAAACAAACAACUCAUCCUCAACGGCAAAACAAACAACUCAUCCUCAACGGCAAAAAAAAACAACUCACCCUCAACGGAAAAACAAACAACUCACCCUCAACGGAAAAGCAAACAACUCACCCUCAACGGAAAAACAAACAACUCACCCUCAACGGAAAAACAAACAACUCACCCUCAACAGCAAAAAAACCAACUCACCCACAACGGUAA